AUGGGAUUUCGAUCGUUAACAGAAGCGGAAGAUAUAACAAUUCAAUAUGCAGUUGACGCAGAAGAAGCUGUACCUUUGACGAAACCGUUGGAGAUAGGAACGGAAAAGGCACAACAAUAUCAGCAUAUAACAGACAAACUACCAGCCCACCUUGAACCAUAUCUUCAAACAAAACCGACUUACGGUUUGACCGAAAGUGAAGUGAGCGAAAGAGCCCAGAAGUUUGGUCGAAACGAAUUAGUAGAAAAACAGAGAAACAAAUUAUUGCAUUUUCUCUCUUUCUUUACUGGCGCUAUUUCAUAUCUUAUGAUUAUAUCCCUGGUAUUGACAGCAGUAACCGCAGAUUGGGUCGACUUUGGUAUUAUCUUUGGCAUGCUCAUAAUAAAUGCACUCAUUGGAUACGUAGAAGAAGCGAGAGCAGAAUCUUCUAUUGCUUCGUUAAAAAAUAGCCUAGCGCUUCAUAGCAAAUGUUGGAGAAACGGAAAACUCAUAGAUAUCAAAUCAUCCGAGCUUGUUGUUGGCGACAUCAUAGUAUUAAGAAUAGGAGAUAUCGUGCCCGCUGAUGCGCGCUUACUAGGCAUAGGUGGUGGCGGCGAGAUUAUCGAGUCAGCUAUUCAAAUCGAUCAAAGCUCACUCACUGGUGAGUCAUUACCGGUAAAAAAAAAGCCAGGCGAUAUAGUUUAUUCAUCAUGUAUCAUCAAGCAGGGUCAGCAACAAGCUAUUGUAGUGCGCACAGGAGCGGAUACAUUUAUAGGAAAGACAGCGAAUCUUAUCGCAGUAACAACUGGAUCUGGAAGAUUUCAACAAGUUAUCAACUACAUUGGCAACUUCCUAAUUAUUAUUUCAGUCUUGUUAGUUUUUAUCAUUUUUAUUCACGAAUUGGUUGAAGAGAAAGUGCAGACGGGUACUGUGACAAGAGAGCAAGUAUUAUCAGCUCUUAAUCAGAUGGUUGUGCUUACAAUAGCAGCGAUACCUGUAGGUUUACCAACAGUCAUGUCUGUAACUAUGGCCAUUGGUGCUAAACAAUUGGCAAAGAAGCAAGUAAUUGUCAAACGGCUUACGGCUGUUGAGGAAUUAGCAUCUGUAUCUAUUUUAUGCAGCGAUAAAACGGGCACAUUGACAAAGAAUGAGCUUACAUUUGACGAGCCUUAUCUUUCCUCACCUUACGGAAAAGACGAUAUACUCCUCUAUGCCUACUUGGCGUCGGGAAUUGCAGCUGACGAUCCGAUUGAGAUUGCUGUUCGUACUGCUGCUGAAGAGUACCAUCCCAAUAUUAGUAACGAUGGCAGCCAUACUGUGUAUGGAUAUCACGUUUCUUCGUUCAAACCAUUCAAUCCUGUCGAUAAAAUGUCGGAAGCGGCAGUAGAAGAAUCAGCAACAAAGACAAAAUUUAGAGUGGCUAAAGGUGCGCCACAAGUUAUUCUCAAAAUGACUGGAGAUGAUAAAACAGCUACAGAAAUGAUACAGUCAUUUGCUGCUCGUGGGUUGAGAUCAUUGGGUGUGGCGCGUACAUCUGAUAAUGAUUUAAAUCAAUGGCAGCUUGUCGGGCUUCUUAGUUUCAUUGACCCUCCAAGAGAUGACUCAGCAGAUACAAUCGCAGAAUGCAAUAAGUAUGGUUUAACUGUAAAAAUGAUUACAGGCGACCAAGGUGUCAUUGCAAAGGAGGUGGCUGGUAGACUUGGAAUGGGUAAAAAUAUUUUAGAUGCGGAUGAGCUGAGUGAUUCGGCCAAAUCAGCAAAAGAAGUGUCAGAUUUGUGUAUAUAUUCUGAUGGCUUUUCUCGUGUUAUCCCCGAGCACAAGUAUCAUGUUGUAGAGCUACUACAAGAUAGAGGCUAUUUCGUAGCCAUGACAGGUGAUGGUGUCAAUGAUGCUCCAGCCUUAAAAAAAGCCAACGUAGGUAUCGCCGUAGCUGGAGCCACCGACGCUGCCCGCUCAGCAUCUGAUAUUGUUUUACUUUCUUCUGGAUUAUCAACCAUUAUUGAUGGUGUCAAGGUUGCUCGAAUCAUCUUCCAGCGAUUACAAUCUUACGCACUAUAUCGUAUCACAUCUACCAUUCACUUUCUGAUAUUCUUUUUUGUGAUCACUUUGAUUGAGGAUUGGAAAAUGCCUCCAGUAUUCCUCAUUCUGAUUUCUUUACUAAAUGAUGCUGCGACGUUGAUCAUGGCUGUAGAUAAUGUCAGCAUCUCAUACACCCCAAACAUGUGGCGCCUGCGUUUGCUUAUAAUAUUGUCCUGUGUUUUAGCUCUUGCUUUAUCAGCAUUUUCAUUUGCUCAUUUCUACAUAUUCAGGGAUGUUUUGCAUGUUACGCCUAGUGAAUUAUCAAGCAUUAUGUAUCUCCAUAUAUCUUCAGCUCCUCAUUUUGUUAUUUUUUCUACACGGACUAAUACUUUUUGGUGGAAAAGUAUGCCUUCAAUAGUCUUCACAAUAAUUGUCCUUGGGACCCAAGUUAUCGCACUCGUCCUGUCAGUUUAUGGUGCUUUCGGAGCAGAUCCCAAUAUUAGUAGUAUUGGAUGGCUUCUUGGCCUGGCUAUUCUUGCCAUAUCGUUGGGCACAUUUUUUCUCAUUGAUGUUUUAAAAGUGCUUGUCAUUUACUUUUGGGACACGUUUGUAGGCAAACAAUUAAGCCAUGAAUAUAAACCAGCGAAGUGCAAAAAAACAAGCAAGCCAGCAAGUAAAGCUGCUAAAUUCAUCUACAAACAACAACAGAAAAAAUUAUACUUUGGCUAUGAUAGAGCGCGAAGACGAGAAUCUGUUGGCUCGGUUGCUUCUUACUAA